AUGGACGUAGGGUGCUUUUGGAGAUCUCAACGUUAACAUUAACAUACCCAGAAUGGAUUCUUUGGAGGACGUCUCCGCUCGUUUAAUUCUGAGAAAUGUCCUACAAACAGAGAAAGCCAAGUCUCCAGUAAAGGAAAGGGUGCUAAGGCAGGCACAGCCCGCUACACAACGCCGAAUGUCAAGAGCGAAAACGGAUCGGAAGACACCUGGAGCCAGGAGCCCUCUGGUUGCUCUACAGCAGAAACUUAAGCAACGAGUACGGGAGAGUGCAUCAUGUUCUCCAUCUAUCAGCAAGCAGAACGAGGAAUCAGCCCAAAAGGCUCCUCUGCCACUUCUAGAAUAUCAGCUUUCUACACCCCGUGUCUUAUUGAGGCGCAUCAUACAAACACAAGCAGAAGCACCCAUGGUGUCAAAUCAGCCAGAUGCAAAGGAUGUGAAGCAUAUGACGUCACACACUCCCUCCACGGAGGAAGUGAGGCCGCUUUCCACAGCGUCCAACUUGUAUUAUGACUGUCAGAGAGAUCCAGAAGUCCAGUCUGAGCUGGAUUUAUCGAACAUUACCUUGGAGCUGAUGCAGCCUAUCCCAAAGGGGUUGAAGCGCAAGAGAGCCCCGACCUCCAUCAGUGUGUCUGCUUUUGAGAGACAGCUUGAGGGUCUGACAGAAGAAGCAGCAGAACCUCAUGUCCUGGAGGAUUUCUCUUCAAACAGUUCACUCAGUCUUACUCUAAAUACACCAAGCCUUCAUGUGACCUCUCAGAGAGGGCAACUGCAGCGAAAACCAGUCAGCCGAGAGCUAGUUACUGAGGAGGUGUUUGAUAAAGCUGUCCACAUGCGUUUGCAAGAAACUGAGCCAUCUGGAUUACUAGUAGGCAGAAUGGAAAGAGACUCUUCCUGGCAAGGAUUUACUCUUGGCAUGAGUGAUGUCACUGUUCCUGACUUAACUACUGAAAUCAUAAUGAACAAAUCUACACUUUACACCCAAGACAUCUCCCGACCAGCCACCAUUGACUGUGUGGAAGAGUUAGAGACAAUUCCCUCUGAGAAAGAAGAUUUGGAAUCUAUGAAACAGACUACCAUUACAGAAGUUGGCAGUAUGCAUCCUGAUGAGAUGGUUCCUGAGACUCAAGAGGAGAAAUCUAUGAAACAGACUACCAUUACAGAAGGGGGCAGCAUGCAUCCUGAUGAGAUGGUUCCUGAGACUCAAGAGGAGGAUGAAUUUGUGUCUGGGACGACAUCUGAGCCUAUGUCCGAAUGCAAGGGUGUACAGGAGGCUGAGAAAGAGCAGUUGGACAAGUCAACUGCCAACUCGAGUGGUGUGAUCCCUGAAUCUCACAACCUGGUGGUUGAUGAGUUACAAGUUCAGACUGCCGAGGGUUAUGAUGGAACAACUCUGAGACCGGCUAUUGAGUCAGAAGAAAUCACUGAGAAUGGAUCAGAGGUAGUACAAAUGGCUGGAGGUUUGCCUGAAGAUGUGGAGAUGGACACCCUACAGUACCCAGAGCAAGUUGUCCACAAUAGUGCUCUUUCUGAACAUGGGGCCAUGUCUGAAGUAUCUAUACAAAGGGAAAGGGGUUACAUGUUUAGUGUUGGAGCAGAAAAGGAUUAUGUGAAAUUGAGAUGUGAAACUGGAAGGCAAUCAGAUCAUGUUUUGGAUCCUGACUCUGCUCUGCCUCAUACGCUGCCCCAGAGGACAAAUGAGGAGGAAGAAGAGGAGAAUGAUUGCCAAGAGUUGGCUCAACAAACUCCUGGUUUUGUGAGACGGAGGAAGGAGGAGCCAACUAUUACCCUGUCCCCUCCAGUUGUUAACAGCAGCAGUCCCAGACCAGUUGCUGGGAAAUCCAGACCUCACCAAAAAAGAAGACCUGCUGUUGAGGGAAGAGCCAUCCUUCCUAAAACCCAUGUUAUGACCAUGUUCAAACACUUUGCAAAGACGAAGGUGUCCAGUGAUGUCUAUCCUGUCAUCAAUGACAUUCUGCAGAGGUAUUUUGGACGUGUGGCUGAGGACUUGGAGGCGUUUGCAAGCCAUGCUAAGAGGAAAACUAUUGAAAAGGAUGAUGUGGAGCUCCUGAUGAGAAGGCAAGGAUUUAUGACUGACUGUUCCCAGGUGAAUGUUCUAAUUGAGAAGUUUCUCCCACUGGAGUAUCGGAAACUUCUUAUCCCUAUAGCAACCAGUGGUAACAAAGUUAUCCCCAAAGAACGAUGCUAAGGAUUCCGGUUCUCCCUUCUGUUUUUCAGCUGAUGUUAACCCUUUUGAAAUGUGUGUUGAUGUAUACAUUUUUAUUAAAACUCCUAGUAAGACUUGUACCACAUAAAUAAAAUAAAAUAAAUUAAUGAA